UUUAAAUUUAAUGCCCAAUUUCAUAGAAACGCAAGUGAAAAGACUCGAGAAAACAAAAGUGCAGGCUCUCUGAAUUGACGACGAAGUUCCGUGUGCCGCCUGCAUUUAAUUUAUAUAUUUUCGGCCUUAAUUCUGUGCUUCCUGUGAAUUAAAUUAACGAGGAAGCCGAAGAGUGCGCGAGCGAGAGAGCGCAUCGAAUCAACAAGUGGAAGCCAAGAAACUUUCUUCGCAAAAGCCGGCUGAUCGCCACAACACCAAGAAGCAGCAGGAGGAGAAGAGAGCGAUUCUCUGGGACUUUAUUUCGCCUCUGGAAUUUCUUCACUGUUCGUCCAACAUGGCUCCUAACUUCUGGGUGAUUACGUUCUCCGUGGCGGCGGUUGAUCAGGAAAGCCGCCUGGAUGCGGUUCUGCUUUGAUCGGCUGUGCUUCGCAACCAAGCGGCCAGCCCAAAACUCCACUAGGAAUGCACCCCACUGCACCACUGUAGAUGCACCACCAGCGGAUGCAGACGUAGCCACUGCCUCAUCCUCAGCCACCACAGCACCGCCGCAGCAGCCAGCCACUAAUCUGUUCUACGCCGAGUACCAGAAGCUGCAGCCGGCGAUAAUCGAUCGGGACUGGGAGAGGGACAGAGAUAGAGACACGAGGACCGAGGCCAAGCCACCGGACAUCACAGAGCACAUAGAACCCGCACAGCCACAUUCACAGCUACACAUAGAGAUACCUCCACCUCCUCCUCUGCCUACUACCACUGUACAGAUACAGAUACAGCAGCGCUAUCGCCGGCACAGCAGUGCCGAAGAUCGCAAUCUGAGCACGAAGAGGAGAGCCGAAUCGAAAUCUACGGAGGCGGUACGAAAAGCGGCCAGCAUGCAGCAGGAGCCGAACGCCAACUAUCAGUUCCCAACUGACUUGGGUCUGGUGAGCAUCGUCAAUAAUAACAACACAAACGCCCACCCGAGCGGACCCAACAACAACAACAAUAAUAAUAACAACAAUUUGGUGGGUGGCAUUGUGACCUUGCCGGCGGCUGGUGGUCUCAUAGGUCUGGAGCACACGGCAUCGGGUCUGCGGCUGAUACCAGCACCCCCUACCCACUCGGAUGUGCUGACCCACACCCUGAUCUACGGAACACCGCCCUCGGGAGCCCAGCAGCUGAAUCAGGACCCCAGGAGCCUGUUACACCAGCAGGAGCUGCAGUUGCAGCAGCGCUAUCAGCAGUUGCAGCAGCUCCAGGCUCAGACCCAGGGUCUGUACACUAGCCAGGGCAGUCCGGUUCUGUACCACCAGCCCAGUCCAGGAUCAAGUCAGCCGGUGGCUAUACCCGGAGCCACUUGCCAAUCGCCCACCCAACUGCAGCCGCCCAACUCGCUGAACCUUCAGCAGCAGAUGCAGGGCUUGAGGAUCUCCGGAUGCACGCCCAGCGGUUCGGGUGGAUCGGCCACCCCCUCGCCGGUGGGUCUGGUGGAUCCAAACUUCAUAGUCAGCAACUAUGUGGCUGCCUCGCCGCAGGAGGAGCGCUUCAUCCAGAUCAUUCAGGCCAAGGAGCUCAAGAUCCAGGAGAUGCAGCGUGCCCUCCAGUUUAAGGACAACGAGAUCGCGGAGCUAAAGUCGCACUUGGACAAAUUCCAGAGCGUCUUUCCCUUCAGUCGCAGCAGUGCGGCGGGAUGUGCGGGAACGGGCGGUGGAUCGGGAUCUGGCGGCGGAGGAAGUGGGGCCAGUGGUCCCAGCACUGCCACAGGUGCCACCCGCAAAUCGGGACAGAACUUCCAGAGGCAGAGGGCCCUGGGUAUCUCCGCCGAGCCUCAGAGCGAGUCCUCACUCUUCCUCGAGCACGUCACCUUUCCAAAAUACGACAAGGAUGAGCGCUCCCGUGAACUUAUCAAGGCUGCCAUUUUGGAUAAUGACUUCAUGAAGAACCUGGAUCUGACGCAGAUCCGCGAGAUCGUCGACUGCAUGUACCCGGUCAAGUAUCCAGCCAAGAAUCUGAUCAUUAAGGAGGGCGAUGUCGGCAGCAUUGUUUAUGUUAUGGAAGAUGGACGCGUGGAGGUUUCCCGCGAGGGCAAGUACCUCUCCACCCUCUCGGGGGCAAAGGUCCUGGGCGAACUGGCGAUCCUGUACAACUGUCAGAGAACGGCGACGAUUACCGCCAUCACGGAGUGCAACCUUUGGGCCAUCGAGCGCCAGUGCUUCCAGACCAUCAUGAUGCGAACGGGCCUCAUCCGACAGGCGGAGUACAGCGACUUCCUCAAGAGUGUGCCAAUCUUCAAAGACCUGGCGGAUGACACGCUCAUCAAGAUCUCCGAUGUCUUGGAGGAGACGCACUACCAGCGAGGCGACUACAUAGUGCGUCAGGGCGCCAGAGGUGAUACCUUCUUCAUCAUCUCGAAGGGCAAGGUGCGGGUGACGAUCAAGCAACAGGACACGCAGGAGGAGAAGUUCAUCCGCAUGCUGGGCAAGGGCGACUUCUUCGGAGAAAAGGCUCUCCAGGGCGACGAUCUGCGCACGGCGAACAUAAUUUGCGAGUCUGCUGAUGGAGUCAGCUGCCUGGUCAUCGAUCGCGAGACCUUCAACCAGCUGAUUUCCAAUCUGGACGAGAUCAAGCAUCGCUACGACGACGAGGGAGCCAUGGAGCGCAGAAAGAUCAACGAGGAAUUCCGAGACAUCAACCUCACAGAUCUACGGGUUAUCGCAACCCUGGGAGUUGGCGGCUUUGGUCGUGUUGAGCUAGUCCAAACCAAUGGGGACAGCUCCAGGUCCUUCGCCCUCAAGCAGAUGAAGAAGUCACAGAUCGUGGAAACGCGACAACAGCAGCACAUCAUGUCCGAGAAGGAGAUCAUGGGCGAGGCCAACUGCCAGUUCAUCGUGAAGCUGUUCAAGACCUUUAAGGAUAAGAAGUAUCUGUACAUGCUGAUGGAGAGCUGCCUGGGCGGCGAGCUCUGGACUAUUCUGCGGGACAAGGGCAACUUCGACGACAGCACCACCCGCUUUUACACGGCCUGUGUGGUGGAGGCCUUUGACUACCUGCACUCGCGGAACAUCAUCUACCGGGAUCUGAAGCCGGAGAACCUGCUACUCAACGAACGGGGAUAUGUGAAGCUGGUAGACUUUGGCUUCGCCAAGAAGCUACAGACGGGCAGGAAGACUUGGACUUUCUGCGGCACCCCAGAGUACGUGGCUCCGGAGGUGAUUCUCAACAGGGGUCACGACAUAAGCGCAGAUUACUGGUCGCUGGGAGUGCUCAUGUUCGAGCUACUUACUGGCACACCUCCGUUUACCGGUUCUGACCCCAUGCGCACCUACAACAUCAUACUUAAGGGCAUCGAUGCCAUCGAGUUCCCCAGGAAUAUCACACGCAACGCCAGCAACCUGAUCAAGAAGCUGUGUCGCGACAAUCCCGCCGAGCGCUUGGGCUACCAGCGUGGGGGAAUCAGCGAGAUCCAGAAGCACAAAUGGUUUGACGGCUUCUACUGGUGGGGCCUGCAGAACUGCACGCUGGAACCGCCCAUAAAGCCCGCCGUGAAGAGCGUGGUAGACACAACGAACUUUGAUGACUAUCCCCCCGAUCCAGAGGGUCCACCACCAGACGACGUCACCGGCUGGGACAAGGACUUCUAAAUGGGGUUGGGUUCCAUUUCCUAGGCUAGGAUGCUCUCUAAACGCUUCUGCUACAGAGUACCGGAGGAGAUGACAGCAAGAGAGGAGAAAUUGAUCUUAAGUGCGCCAUAUGUACGCCAAAGCCAACAGCAACAGUCAGCAGCUCGCAUCGAAAGCUGCCCCAAAACAAAGAAACGUAGCAGUCGCAAGGCCAAGGGCCGACACAAAAGCACAUUCAUCCAUCGCCUUAGCUCUGAGAUUCGUAGAUACGACGGUUCCGUGAUGUUUUACCCAUGAUGUGCAACGCAAUGAAUUUAUUAACGAGUUUAUAACUAUUAUUUUGUAAUGAGGAUAUGUGUCUAGUUCGCUUGAAGUUGAUGUAACUUGUAAGUAGGUCGUGACUCUGAUUCAGAGCUCUGUUAGCCAUGUGCAUUGUAUAAAUUCUACUUCUAUUUGUAUCCAUUAAAUAUUAUUAACAUUAUUACUAUAUAUAUCAUUGUUAAAGCAUACAAAUCGGUUGCCUUAUAGUCUGUAAGAACAUUUUAAAGAAACAUCUUACCCAGAUCUUCCGUCAUACCACUUUUGUUAAACUUCUAUGUAGCCUCUCUCUUCUAUCUUUCAUUAGUCUUAGCCAUCAUUUCUAUUAUUUGUACGAGUAAAACGCCCUUUAAUUGUCUCUUUUAAGUAAAACAGUUAGAAAUUGAAUAAACAAAUUUAUGCCUUAA